AUGGGAAAAACGGAGGACAAGAAACCUGAUUUUCUUGAGCAAGAUUUUUUGCUUGAAAAGCUAGAUCGUAUUCGUUCUCAGGAAAAUUCGAAGCUUCCAAACCAAAAGCAGCUUGCUAUUAUUCUCUCCGCUGUUGAAGAAAAUUUAGAUGAAGAGAAGACAGAUCACAGUCCUACAGCGUAUUUUGUUUCUUUUCUUGGUCUUUUAGAACAGGGGGAAUCUGCCGGCAAUAAAGAUUUAGUGACAUCUUCACUUUAUUUUCUUGAUCUGAUUUCACCUUACGCUCCUCAGAACCUACUUCAAGCGAAGUUUACCCAGAUUCUCAUUAAACUUUCGCCAGUAUUGACUGAUUCAAAUGCUGAUGCCCCUAUUCUUAAAUCAUCUAUUGGAAUCUUAGAAACUUUGCUUCGGGUUCAAGAUUCAACCGCAUGGUCAAUUUCCGCAUCUGAAGCUUCACCAAAAAGAGGUUUGAUUGGAUUGAUGGCAUUUGCACUGGAUCCACGCCCAAAAGUAAGGAAGAGAGCACUUGAGGCUGUUUUUAAUAUUCUCAGUCAUCCCUCCGAUUCAUCUCAAAUUCAUCUGGGAGGUUCCGUUUGUGCGGAAAAUGCUUUGAAAUCGGUUUCUACAUUAUAUUCUGAUUUUCAAAAGGGCACUAAUAAAUCAGAUUUAUUGGGGAAUCAAGGGAAUACAAUUGUUGCGCAACUAAUUCAUUCUCUUCAGCUUUGUAAGACUGUUAUUUCUUGCUCUUGCUGGCCAUUGUCUUUAGUGGAACCUCUAUGUCUAGUUUUGUUAGGAAUUUCUAGAUCAACUGAAAAAUAUCUUAUUUCUUCAGCAUUUGAUGUAUUUGAAGCCUUAUUUAAGGGUAUGUCUGGAGAAGAUAGUGCUUCCAAGCUUUAUACUGUUCUUGAAUCUAUUUUUGACUUGAGACCUAAUAUAGAGGAUCAGGCUCUUGCUUCAUCUUGGUUUUUAGUAGUAUCAACUGCUGUGGAAACAUAUACUUCAACAAACCCAUUUGAAUCAUUUUAUUUACUUCCAAAGGUCUUCCAUUUGGUCUCAGAGUUUUUUAAUUCUGAAAAUAACAACAUUCAGUCAUCUGCCGCUCAGUGCCUUAUUGCCAUCUUUGAAAACGGAAUUUCCCAAAAAGUUCUUGCAAGUGUUGAGUCUGGUGCUGAUGCUGAUGCUGAUGGAAAGAUAAAUAAAACUUUAUCUCAAAUUUCGGAAGGUAUUUUUCAAUUACUUAAUGUUAGAUAUCAGGGAUCAUGGAAAGAUAUUAUGAUGGUAGUAGUAUCAUUGUCCAAUUCUUUAAUGUGGCUUUCUGAUCCAUACUUGAUUAAUUGCUAUAAAGUAAUUGGGACACUUAGAAGCACCGAUGCUAUAUCAGAUGGGUGGCAAGAAGCUGAACAAGUUAUUGGAAGUGCAAUUAAAAAUAUUGGCCCUGCUAAAACUUUGGAAUUAUUUCCUUUAAACCUUGACGGAGAGGAAAAACCUACAAGAACAUGGAUUCUUCCAUUACUUCGUGAAAAUGUUGGUUGUUCUGAUUUGGGGUUUUUCAAAAGUUAUUUCAUUGGACUGUCUGGUCAAUUGGAGGCAUUAGUGGCAAACCUAGAAAAUAAUCAACCAAACAAAAAUUCCACUGCUAUUGCAACAAAAGUCAAAGUAUAUGAAACUUUGAUUGAUCAAAUCUGGUCUAUUUUCCCUAGUUUUUGCGAUCUUCCUUUAGACCUUAGAGAUUCUUUUGAUGAAGAACUUGCAAAACUUCUUAUGAAUGUGGUUUAUAACUAUACAACUUUACGGGGCUACAUUUUUUCUGGCUUAAAAUUAUUAGUUGAAAGCAAUCAAAACUAUCUCACCGGUGCUUUAAAUGAUAAUUAUCAACUUCUUAAAAAAUUUCCUAAGAAUGAGGCUGCAAGAAACAUUGAAUACCUAUCCACGUUUUCUCUUAACAUGUUGGCAAGUCUGUUCAAUAUUUUUGCUGUGACACCUAUUGAUUCUCGUACGCAGCUUUUAGAAUGCUCUAAAGCUUAUCUUUCUAUCAUUUCAAAGAAGGAUCUUGAAAUCACUUUCAAUAGGGUAUCAACCGCCUUAGGCGAUGCCUUAAAGAAUCCAUUAGCCGGAGCUGACAAGGAAAAUGACAUACCCCCAACCAGCGCCACUAUGCUGGAUUUAAUUAUGCAAAUGAUCAGCUUUCUUCCUCAAGAUUCUUUUAAUCCUCUAAUGACUAUAUUUGUUACCGUCUCUAAAAACUACACGGAUCCAUUACUUCAGAAACGUAUAUAUCGCAUGUUUUUAGUUAUUUCCGAAACUGAGAAUGGGAAAACUUUAAUCACAUCUCACAUUGAAGAUAUUGCUCAGCUAUUUUUACAAACAUCCGACCAGGUUCAAACUACUGCCAGAGGCCCCCGUCUCAAUGCAUUGGCUUGCUUCAUUGAAUUACUUUCCCCAAACCUCUUAUUUUUUAUUCCCUCAAUAAUUUCUGAAGUAAUAAUUGCUACCAAAGAUUUGAAUGAAAAGACCCGAGAAUCAGCAUUUAAUCUUUUAGUUCAAAUGGGCAACAAGAUGAAAGCUGGAGGCAUCAUUGAUCGAUCCAAAAUACCUGGAAUGCCUUCUGAUGCUGAUAAUGUUUCUGCUUCUUUGGAAGAAUAUAUUACUAUCAUUGCUGCUGGUUUAUCUGACACUACUACACACACACAAGCAGCAACUAUUCUGGCUCUUAGUAGAGUUGUGUUUGAGUUCAAAGAAUCUUUAAACUUACAGCUUCUUCAAGAGUUAACAGGAAUGAUUGAAUUGUUUUUGGAAAACAGAAAUAGAGAAAUUGCAGAUGCAACACUUGGAUUUGUUAAAGUUGCAGUUGUUUCUUUGCCAAAAGACGUCGUCGAACCAAAUCUUAAGAAUCUUAUUGUUCAUUUGCUAGGCUGGUAUCGCGAGCACAGUUCUCAUUUUAGAACAAAAAUUAAGCAUCUUAUAGAAAGGCUUUUACGUGUAUUUGGCUUUGAAAAAAUAUCUCAAAACUUCCCCGAGGAAGACUUAAAAUUUCUUAAUAACAUUCGCAAAUCAAAAGAAAGAGCCAAACGCAAAAAGUCAAAUUUGAUUGCGGAAAAACUUGAAAAUGAAACUGAUAGCCAUAGAAAUCGCAAACAUUUUGCCAAGAUGGCUAAGUUUGAGUCAGAGUUCGAUCGGGCAUUAUAUGGAAGUAGUUCUGAAGACGAGGGAAGUGAUGUGGAAAUGGAUGAAAAACCAAAGGAUGCUAAGAAGAAUAAAAAUGAUCAAAGAUUUAUUGUUGAAAACAAGGAUGUGCCCUUGGAUCUUCUAGAUCAGCAAACUCUUGCUCAUAUCACGUCAACACGACCAAUGAAACAGAAGUUGUCUAUUCCUGAUAAAAAGAAGUUUAAGAAGGAUGCUGAAGGAAGGUUAGUCAUUAAGAAUUUAGAUGAAAAAGAUGAUGAUCCAUUGGCUAGCAUUAACAACUCACUUAAUGCAUAUGAGGAUGCUAUUAAAAGUGGGCCAGUCAGGGACAGCAGGGGCAUGUAUCGUUAUAAGCGUGGUAGACAAAAUAUGGAUGAUGGUGAUGAUAUGAGUGAUGAUGAGAAACCUUUGAAAACCAAACUCAAUCCAAAACAGGCUACUGGAAAGUCAAAUAGAGGGUUCAAAGGAACAUCGUCCAAGAAAAAAAAUACACCAGGUCAUAGAAGAUUUUACAAUUAA